GCCAUUGAUAUCACACGCAUACUACUUUGCGCAGGAAGUCGUCCAUCUUCUUUUCAUUUGCACCGGUCAAGAAGUACAUGUGCUUCAUAAAAGCGGUUAAUUAUAUUUAAACACAGAUAAGCUGGUAGUUACAUAGUGUUGUGCUUCUGACAGUGAUUUACUGAAUAUACACAAAAAUGAAUUCCGAAAAAUUAAAGAAACUGCAGUCCCAAGUAAGGAUUGGCGGUAAAGGCACCCCCAGGCGCAAGAAGAAGGUUGUACACUCUACCCAAGCUACUGAUGAUAAAAAGUUACAAUCCUCCCUAAAAAAAUUAUCCGUCAACACGAUACCUGGAAUUGAAGAAGUAAACAUGAUCAAGGAUGAUGGCACAGUAAUUCAUUUUAACAACCCAAAAGCUCAAGCCUCAUUAGCAGCAAAUACAUUUGCAAUCACUGGACAUGGAGAAAACAAACAAAUUACAGAAAUGCUACCAGGCAUUUUAAGCCAGUUAGGGCCAGAAGGUAUUACACAGUUGAAACGCUUGGCAAGUUCAGUGGCCAAUGCUGGAGUCAACAAAAUGACUCCGGAAGAUGAAGAAGAUGUACCAGAUCUAGUGGAAAACUUUGAUGAAGCUUCCAAGGCUGAAGUUGCCAAGAAAGAUGGUGAUGAUAAACCAAAAGAAAACUAAGUUAUUUAGGCUUUAACAUAUAAACCUUGAGGGUGCUAGUUACUCCUCAUAAUUUUACUUUUGGAGAACACUGUUAUUAUGUGUAAUAAAAACCAAAACUUUUUGUUAAAAUUAGACAACCCCUGUGUAUAGAAUAUUUCUUAUAAAAUAUAUAAAUAUUCUAAUUAUGUCUUAUUAAAUUUUAAACCUACCACUUCUCUAUUCUUUUUUAUGAUGUAUUAAAUUAUUCUGGUAAUCAAUUUAACAAAACAAAUAUUUUCAUAUACAGGGUGUUCCAAAAGUCAACGAUUUUUAUGAAUUUUGUGAAACUUGACACAUAAAAUCAGUUUUUCGUGUGCCACAACUACAACAUUCUAUAUUUUAUAUAUUUUAUUUUGCAUAACCCUGAAUAGGAGUGCUAUUAAUUACAAUUCAAAAUUAAAUUAAUAGUAGAUUUUGUAGCUGUGGCACUCAAAAAACUGUGUCAAGGUGUCAAGUUUUACAGAAUUCAUAAAAAUGACUAUAUCUCAAAAACUAACGAUUUUUUACUAAGGUCAUAUUUUGAUUUCUGCUUAGUCAUGAGUUGGUAUAUCAGUCCCCCAAAGGAUAUCGUUGACUUUUGGGACACCAUGUAUACUUUUUAAUUAAACUGAUUGAAAAAAGUUAAGGAUAUUGUA